AUCGCCCAGGCACAACAGCAGACAACUGCUCAAGCACAGCAAGUUCAAGCUGGUCAGGUGCAAGUUGGGACGCAGGAAGCCCAGCCACAAGCCAACCCACAGAGUGUAGGACAGACUACAGCGGCGACACAGCAGCACACCCAGUAUGCCCAAUUUGGAGGACAGGUGAGAUUUUGUUCAUGUUGAAAAUACAAGCUGGUGGACUCGUGUGAGAAGAGUCUCUCUGAGUUAAGCAUGGUUAGAUCAUGCAGAGGUAGUACAUGUUCUUGAAUGUGGGUUGCCAUGUUGUACAGAACUCAUGUGAAUAGAGUUAAGUCUCUCUGAGUUAAGCAUGGUUAGAUCAUGCAGAGAUAGUGCAUGUUCUUGAAUGUGGGCUACCUUAAAGUGAUCUGAUGUUGCACAGAACUCAUGUGAGUAGAGUCUCUCUGAGUUGAGCAUGGUUAGAUCAUACAGAGGUAGUACAUGUUCUUGAAUGUGGGCUACCUUAAAGUGAUCUGAUGUUGUACAGAACUCAUGUGAGUAUAGAGUUAAGUCUCUCUGAGUUAAGCAUGGUUAGAUCAUCGAGGUAGUACAUGUUCUUGAAUGCAGGCUUUGUACAGAAGUCAUGUAAGUAGAGUAAAGUCUCUCUGAGUUAAGCAUGGUUAGAUCAUACAGAGGUGGUACAUGUUCUUGAUUGUGAGCUACCUUAAAGUGAUCUGAUGUUGUACAGAACUCAUGUGAGUAUAGAGUGAAGUCUCUCUGAGUUAAGCAUGGUUGGAUCAUGCAGAGGUAGUACAUGUUCUUGAAUGUGGGCUGCCUUAAACUGAUCUGACGCCGUACAGAACUCAUGUGAGUAGAGUCUCUCUGAGUUAAGGGCCAUUCCAUUUAAAAUCCACCCCCCACCCCCCUACAGAUGAGGUCAGUAAAAGUUUAACCCCUAAGAAAAAAAUAUCAAAGUGCCGACACAAAACACCCCUCAGAAAUUCGUAAACUUUCCCCUUACCCCUCAGAAAAAUCGCAGAGAUCAAAGGAUGCCGGAAACGACUUUUUGAGUCACCCUUCAGAAAAACUCAUCCGUAGGGGGGGGGGGGGACAUUAAAUGGAAUGGCCCUAAGCAUGGUUAGAUCAUGCAGAGGUAGUACAUGUUCUUGAAUAGUUGAAUGUAGGCUUCCUUAAAGUGAUCUGAUGCUGUACAGAACUCAUGUAAGCAAAGUCUCUCUGUGUUAAGCAUGGUUAGAUCAUGCAGAGGUAGUACAACAUCUUGAAUGAUCUACUAGACGCUGUUUUGACUUCAUGUAUUCUACAUAUUCAGAUUUAUCAAAUCCAAGCUGCCACGGGUCAGGGCGGGACCCAACAAGUGUAUAUAGCUGCCGCAGCCCCUGACCAGACACAACAGCAGGCUCAACAGACGCAAGCUGCUCAACCGACACAGCAAACCCAGGCGACAGACACUGAACUCUCGCAAUCCGCUGAUCAGCAACAAUCGCAGUGA